GCUUCAGUGCUGGCUUUGAAUCCACACACGGACACCUCCUUCAUUCUCUUGCUCUGCGAGGUUAGUUAGCUUUUGGUUUAAGAAGUUGUUUCAGAACAUCAGAAUAUGUGGGUUUCAGCUUAAAAAGUAUGUCUGGAGAGCUGGACCCGUCCCCCUGCACACCCCCCAGGACAGGACGGGGAGGCAUCCACAGGGAGCCUGCAGCCCCAGUUCCUCCCUCCCCCUCCCCCGCCCCCCCUGCUGUGCUCUGAGUUAGUCCCUGGUCCUCUUCCUGUGCUGCUGAGGCAUCGCAAGGCAGUCGAGGCCUUUCCUUCUCCGCAGUUACUCGUGCCCAGUAAGUAGGAUGCAGCUAGGAUCCCUGAAGGAGCAGCGCGCUCACAUGGCCAGGAGGCUGACUCGGGGAGGACGUGCCCAGAGCUGGCCUGGCUGGAGACGGGCCUACGGUCCAUCUUUGGUGCUGUCCCUACAUUUGAAUAAACUUCAUUUUUCUUGAGUUGUGGUCUCAAGGGGCUGCACGAGUGGUCCCGGGGCCUCAGCAUCCCCACAGUUCCUAAAGCACGUUGGGCGAGACAGCACUGUGAGCCCAGAAAGGCGUCCCCAGCACAGACCGCACAACCUUGUUCAACCAGAAACCAGUCCCCAGGACCCCAGUACUCGAUGGUCCACGUUUGAAGGAAGGAGCUGCCACCGUCCGCCUCAGAGAAGGCCAGAGGUUCCAGCAGGUGGACAGGUCCCCCAGGAACCCCCCCGUGUGCCAGUGUCCCCUCCCGCAGAGAGGACGGGGAGCCCGGAAGACCAGCAACAGCCGGGGCGAGGGGCGGCUGACACUGGAGGGAGGAACGAAGGAGAGGCUGGAGAGGCUGUGCCCAUGGUGACCCAGGCUCGGUGAGACGGGACAGGCAGGUGAGGGAGCAGAGGAGAGGGGGCAAGGAGUCUGCCAGGACCCCCCCCCCCCCCGUGUGUGUCCCCCCAGCCGCUGGGGACAAGCCACCCCCAAUGGCCUCCAAGCAGGCGGCCGGGAGGAGCCCGGGGGAGAAGCGCAAGAGGGUGGUGCUGACCCUGAAGGAGAAGAUUGACAUCUGCACGCGGCUGGAGAAGGGGGAGAGCAGGAAGGUGCUGAUGCAGGAGUACAAUGUGGGCAUGUCCACCCUGUACGACAUCAAGGCGCACAAGGCGCAGCUGCUCCGUUUCUUUGCCAACUCGGAUUCCAACAAGGCCCUGGAGCAGCGGCGCACCCUGCACACGCCCAAGCUCGAGCACCUGGACCGCGUGCUGUACGAGUGGUUCCUGGGCAAGCGCGCUGAGGGCGUGCCCGUCUCCGGCCCCAUGCUCAUCGAAAAGGCCAAGGACUUCUAUGAGCAGAUGCAGCUGACAGAGCCCUGCGUGUUCUCUGGCGGGUGGCUGUGGCGGUUUAAGGCCAGACAUGGCAUUAAGAAGCUGGACGCGUCCGGGGAAAGACAGGGGGCCGACCACCGAGCGGCCGAGCAGUUCUGUGGGUUUUUCCGGAGCCUGACCGCGGAGCACGGCCUGUCCCCUGAGCAGGUUUACAACGCUGAUGAGACCGGCCUUUUCUGGCGGUGCUUGCCAAAUCCCGGCCUGGAGGGCGGCCCGGCGCCCGGCGUCCGGCAGAACAAGGACAGGCUGACCGUCCUGAUGUGCGCCAAUGCCACCGGCUCCCACAAAAUCAAACCCCUGGUGAUUGGGAAAUGCGGCGCCCCCCGGGCUUUCGGGGGCAUCCAGCACCUGCCUGUGGCGUACAAGGCCCAGGGUAACGCGUGGGUGGACAAGGAGAUUUUUUCUGACUGGUUCCAUCAUAUCUUCGUCCCGUCCGUGAAGGAGCACUUCAGAGUGGCAGGUCUGCCCGAGGACGGCAAAGCCAUCCUGCUGCUGGACCACGCCCGCGCCCGGCCACGGGAGGCCGAGUUGGUCUCCGGGAACAUCUUCACCAUCUUUCUGCCUGCCAGUGUCACCUCCUUGAUUCAGCCCAUGGACCAGGGCAUUCGGAGGGAUUUCAUGAGGCACUUCCUCAACCCCCCCGGCUUGCUGCAGGGCUGCCACCCCCGCUACAGCACCAACGAUGCCGUCUUCAACGUGGCCUGCGCCUGGAGUGCUGUGCCAGGCCACAUCUUCAGCCGCGCCUGGAAGAAGCUGUGGCCCGCGGUCACAUUUGCCGAAGGCUCGUCUUCUGACGAGGAGCCAGAUGGCCUCCAGGUGAAGCCUCACAAUCAGACUUUCGCGCACAUCCUGGAGCUGGGCAGGGAGGCCCCCGGUUGCCCCAGCAGCCGGCUUCACCGCGGCACAGCCACUGAGCAGAGCGGGCCAGGCUGUGCGGCCGGGGAGGACCCAGCCCCGGCUGUGGGGAGCCUGGAGCUGGCCGAGAAGGACGGUGAUGAGGCCGCCUGGGAGCAGGCGGCGGCGUCCUUUGACGCCGUGGUCCGCUUCGCCGAAGGGCAGCCCUGCUUCACGGCACAGGAGGUGGGGCAGCUGCGCACACUGCGCUCAGUGUUUGUCAGGCAGCGGCAGGUGAAGCGGCGGCGCGUGGCCCUCAGGGCCGUGGUCAAACUCGAGACCCCCCCGGAGGCCUCCCCUCUGCCCUGCUCGUCCACGGCCGGCGAGCACUGACGUCCGCACAGCCCACGCGGGUGGCCCGGAGCUGGCCCAGGAGGUCGGGGCACCCGGUGUGGGGUCUCGGCCGCUCAGGAUGGCCCAUCCCCGUGUGUCUGUCAUCGCGGGCUUACUGUGCUUUCCGUCCUGGCACGGGAACGUGAGCCACCGUUCUGGAAGGGCCCCCCACACCCGAAGCUGACCGGAGCGUCCCGUGGCCAGAACCCAGGACCAUGCCAGUAGAUUCUGGCCCUGUGUUCUCCGGCCGAGCUGCGCGCGUGGGUGGAGGUGUCUGUCUGAGGGAGGAAAGCCUGCCCUUGAGCCACCUGACGGCAGUGCCUACAGCCAGAUGACGGGCUGGCGUUCCUCCCUCGGGGCUCGGUUGCCGUGUGGCGGCCGUCCCUGCUUGUGGCUUUAUGGGUGGUGCGUUGUCACCCUGCUGGUGACUGCCGUGGACUUGCUCAGCCUCAUCAGGCUCCUGAGAGUUCCUCCACGUUACCAGGGUGUCUCACCCCUGGGGCUGGGCCCCGCAGGACGUGGGGGCUGCACGCGGGGUUGGCAGGGCGGGGCCGCGCCCCCUAACGCAAGCAGACUGCCCGGGCCUGCAGGUUGCCCCGAGGACAGGCUGGUGGCCCCCUGGGCGUGUGUGGGCUUGGUUCCAGGUCUGCGGCAUAGUCUGACACCCGUGUGCCCCGGGAGUUUGCACUUACCACCUGUUUGUUCCUGAGUUUUGCUGAGGCGUCCAGAAGUUAGUCUUAGGUGUGUACGUGCGACCCAGCAGUAAGGGAGCCGGUCAGAUCUCUAGCAGUGUCGGGCUUCUGUGUUCGGCUGCUCGCCCCUCAGUACUCCAUGCGAGGAAGAGCAGGGUGCCUGGCUUGCCUGUGGGAAGACGUGAGCGUCUGUCCCGUGGCUGCCGGCAGGCUCCCCGCCACCCACGCUGAGGCUGGCAGGGACCGUAGGCGGAGGCGCGCACCCUCCCUGCGCACCUCUGGGCCGUGACUGUGUUUCAUUGCUCUGCCUUCGGGUUCCAGCCUGGCCACCCUGCUGGCUCCUCCACCUGUUGGGGCCUCCCCCGGCGGCUGAGGGGACGCAGUGUCUGGUUCGUGCAUUACGUCUCCGCAAAUCCUGGGGGGACGGCCGUUGCUGCCGUGGUGCCGCCCUGGACAUGGUGCUUCCUGCUUUAAAUGCACGUGAGGAUUGGGAACCUAGCAGGGCUGUUUUCAUUGUGGAGUCUUGGGGGCACACGGCCUUGGGGCUAAGCCACUGUCCCUCGGCUUCCUUCCUGUGCCGGGGUGACAUCUGCCCCUGUGUGCUUGGCUGCCACAGUGGACUCGUGUGGCCCGUGCUGUUGAAUUGCGGCUGCUUGUGGUGCCACGGGAAGUGAGGUGUCAAGAGUCACGGGGGCGUCUGCCCUCACCUCGUGGUGGUGGCGGCAGUGGCAGCACGGGCAGGUGGACAGACGCUGAGAAGCUGUCUCCCCACAGCCUGUAUGGCUCUUGAACAGCAAGGCUCUGCGGGGUGGUUGGAGCCGAGCAGGGGCAGGACAGGUGGGCUCCCGGGUCCCCUGGGGAGGCUUUGUCCAGACUGUAGACCCCAAGCUGUGGAUUCUCAUCCUGCCUCAGCACCUGCCCGGCCGUCUCAUGGCCGGUCAGUAACUGCUUGUCACCAGACGGCCUGAGGGGUGUCUGUGCUCAGGGCGCUCCUUCCAGAAGCAUCCACGGAGCCAGGUCGAAGCCUCAGGCUCCUCGGGAGGUUCUGGGGCCCAGCGGGCCUGGCCUCGCUUGCCUCCCUCUCUGACGGACAGUGUGCCUCCCCGCACGUGGGCCUCGGGCGGAGCCAGGUGCCCCGGGCUGCAGUCGGCUGCGGGGCCACGUGGAGGGCCGUCUGCAGAGCCGUGUGGCCCAGCGGCUGGUGAGCGCCUCCGCCCCCGUCCUGGUGCCCCGUGCUCCUGCCAGAGACCUCUGCACCCACCUGUCCUCCCAGGACCUUUCCCAGCUGCCUCGUUCAGCACUCUCAGGCACGGAUGGUCAGUGCUUUGGCCUCAGGAUCCUUUUUCCGAGGCCUUUCUGGGGGUGAGACGGGAGCUGGGAGGGACCAGUCCCGUCCCUCCCUCUCCGGUCACUGUUGAAGCACCUCAGGAAGCCUGGGCGCUGCUCCCCCCCCCCCCCCCAAGUACUAGGCCCAGAGCCCCGGCAGUGGGGUCAGCGGGCAUCUGGGGGCCUCUCUAUCCUGUUGGGACGUGCUCGCACCCUCUGGCUCGUCUUACCUGGGCCAGAAGGAGAUCUGUCGGAGGCAGCUCAGGGUUGGGAUGGCCACGAGGCAGACCGCGUGCUUUCCUGGGAGCCCGUGUGCGCAGGAAGCAGAGUGUGUGGCAGACAGGGUCCAGCGAUCUGCCCCGAGGCCCAGCCUGAGCUGCUCGGGGAGGCGCCGUCACAGGUGCCAGCUCCUGGGCUUUCUUGGCGUGUGAACAUUGUCACGUUUCAUCCAUCGUGUAGCCUAGAGUGUGGCAGGUAUCUAGUGCCUGCUGUGUGCCGGGCAUUGUGCUCAGCCUGAGGCCAGGGGGUGGUCAUCAAGGCCCUGUCCUGCCUCCAGGGAGCACGGGUUUACCAACAAGGGCAGGACACUGCUGAGGAGGCUGGGACACAGGUGAGGGGCUGAGGUGGCUUGGGUGUUAGUAGGUCCAUGAGGGCAGGAGAGAGAAGCCAGAUUCCCACCUGCCCCAGGUGUAGCCGGCAAGUCCAGGAGGCUGAUCCGGGGUGCCGGGCUCCUGUGCCACCUGUCACCUGGGGCUCCCACUUCCCGUGUCAGGACAGUUCCAAUAGACACCCUGCCAUCUUCCUGCCUGGAGAAGCAGAAAGCACGCCGCUUCCCCUGAGUAUCCUCUCAGCUGGCACAGGUGACUUAUGUUCCUGUGAUUGGGGCCAGGUCCCUGUCACACAGGUACCAGCAGCCACGAGGACGUCUGGGCAGUGUGGCUGCAGAAAGCCAAGGGAGCAGCCUGGGAGGGCCGGGCGGGGUCUCCUGGCUCCCUCCCUGCACCAUGGCCUCGCCUGCAGCCACGUUCUGGCCUCAGCCCCCCUCUGCCAGGACACAGCUUGUAGAGGGAGGAGGCAGGCGAUGCAGGGUGGCCUCGAGUCCUGGAGUGGGGGCUCCACACGGGGGCAAGCCCUGGGGGGCUAGGAGGGCGGCCCCCCACCCCCAGAGCUGUCAGAGAGGAGCAGCCCUGUGUCUGCGCCUGGUGCCAGGGCUGCAGCUCAGAGGUUCUUUCAGGGGAGAGGCGGCUGGGGCGCAGUCCCCCUCCCUCCACAAGAGGACUGACCACUUGCAGCAGAGCGUGAGGUUCAGUGGUGCUCGUGAAAGGGGGAGCUUGUAGAGAAAGCAUGUGGGAGGAGCGGUGGGUUCAUCAGUGACACAGGCUGAGCCGUAGGCCGGCUGUGGGUCAGGAAAAAUCUCCAACGCGGAUCUCAGGAGCUGUUCUUUCGAAGCCAAAGUUGUUGGAUUAGGCUCCGAACCAUUUACGCCGAGGGUGUGACUGCUGAAAACAUAGCACUCAGCAACCAAGGAGCGGAGCCCAAGAGCUGGUGUGGGAGGGAGCAGGCCAGCAGCUUUGCCGGAGCCACUGUCCUCCCAGGGUGACUGUGGGCGAGCCCUGGGCUGCAGGGGGGCUGCAGGGGGCGCGGGCGAGGCACAAGCAGCCCCCCCACCCCGUGCAGCACCAGCAAACAAGGUAAGCUGCAGGCUAGCAGUGACGCGACCCCGCAGAGUACCAGGAUCCAAGACUGCUGCAGCGUGCGCCCUAACAGGACGUUUCCCACCUGAACAUGAAAAGAACAAGGAAGAAUGGCCCAGACCCCAGGAGAAAGGUAGUCUGUUACAGAACCGGCUGUGUAGAGACUUGAACUUGGCCAUUGUGCGCACGGUCAGAGGGUAGGAAGGCACAGACCACAGCAUCCACGGGAAGAUAGGAAUUACCACCCUCGAGAAGAACCGAGUGGGGUUCUGGGGCCGAACGGUACAAGGUCCGAAGUGAGUUCCCGAGAAGGGCUCAGCAGCAGGAAGAACCAGCGACCUUGUCUGACCUGGAGACCCAGGUGACCACACGGCGCAGGGGCACCGAGGUGCAGGCCGUCAGAGCCCUGGAGGAGAGGGCAGUAGGCAGGAAUAGAAAAAACAGUGUCCCCCAAGCCCCCAGAUUUAUUGGGAAAUGUUCAUCUACAAAUCAGCAGUCUCGCUGAGGUCCGGUGGGACGAACAGUGGGUUGGAGAGGCGGGAACGUGGGGAAAGCUGCCCCGGGCCCGAGCGCGCCCAGCAAGGCUGGUGGCAGGGCGUGGGCAGGGCUGGCAUGGUCUGCGUGCUCAGAGGAGACCAUGGCCCCGAGCCCACGUCCACCCAAGAUAAAGCGAGUGAACGAUUUCUGGGUACACAGAAACACCUGCGGCUGCAAGGCCCACCUUUGCCCUCGGAGCAAGUGACCCAGACGGCAGAUCAAGUCCACCCAGAACAAGGAGCCGCGGCGAAGGUAGUUCUGUCCUGAGAGGAGACGGCAUGCGCUUGACCCCUGGACACCCCUGGGUUAGGGCACCGACCCCCUGCUACCCUUUCUUCUGGUUGCAGCUUUUUUUUUUUUUUUUUUUUUUUUAAAGAAUUAUUUAUUUGAGAGUGAGCACGAGCGGGAGGGGCAGAGGGAGAGAGAGAAUCUGGAGCAGACUCCCCGCUGAGCACAGAGCCUGAUGUGGGGCUCGUGCCCAGGACCCCGAUCGCGACCCGAGCCAAAACCAAGAGUUGGACGCUUUACCGACUGAGCCCCCCGGUGCCCUGCGGCUCCUUCAGAGCUUACAUAACGUUCCAUGGUAUGAUCGUGUCGGCUUUGCCACGUUCACAGGUGCUGAGUGUCAGCUGCUCGAAGGGGGCUCCGGCAGGAGGGGAGCAGGCAUGCGUCCCAGGGGCAUUCCCGUCCGCCUGAGAGCAAGCACUCAGGAGAUAACCCAAAAGCAGUGAACAAAUCCAUCCCGGAAGGAAGCGUAAGUGCUCAGUUAGACGAAACCAUGUGAAAGCAGCAAGUGAACGGGGCAGGAAGGUGGGCGCACCUGCCCGCGGGGGCUGCGCAGCCUCCUGGCCCACACGGAGGGCAGCGGGGUGUCCCUGCCACACAGGGCAGGGGGCGGGGCCCUGAGCCGCUCUGCACCAUGGCGCAGGCCCGGCUGCAGCCCCGGGACGCUGUGUCCCCCCUGCCGUUGCGGGCUGCACAGCACUUUGGGCACAGAUUCAUUUAAAAUUGACCUUUUCUCAGUAAACUUGCCUCAGAGAACCUGUUCUGUAUUUUGGCGCUGAGGCACAUGUCAUGGACAGGGGGGAGACGCCGCUCCUCUGCGGGCACCCGUACGGGGCAGUGUGCACUUCUGUGCCCCCUACCCGCGGGGAAUCCAGCCCCCGGCACCCAGAGCAAUGCUCUUUCCCACCCCGGUAAUUUCCAGGGAGCCUGGCCUGGCAGGUGGAGCACGAUGAGCGUCUCUGGCCUCUGGGUCCCGGGGAAACCCGGGAAGGGGGCUGCGGGGGUGAGGGCCCGUCCAGGCGGGCAGGUGGGACCAAGAGGGGCGGGCUGCCCCCCCAGCCCAGCCCACGUUCUCCAGCCUCCUGCUCGGAGUGGAGACCCAGCCCCCGGGCCUCCAGCCCCCGGGCCUCUACGCAUGUGGAUAUCCGUCUAGACUGGGGGCCUCCAGAGGUCAGGACAGGCUGCAUCGUGGGCCCCACACUGGCCGGCGCAGGAAUGUCAGCAAGGCGAGGGCAGGCAGCGGUUUUUGCAGCCGAGGAGCAUCUGCGGAAGCCCCGUGCUGGCUCCGUCCAGGCCUCGGGCUGUGCUGCACCCCGCCCUUCAGCCCCAGAGGCCCAGGGAGGCAGGAGGAGAGGGAGCCCAAGUUAGUGCCCCAGCUAAAUGCUCGUGGGAGGAGCAGGGCAGCACCGUUCCAUGGGAGCCAGCCUGGAGCCGGGAGCCAGCUGGAGCCCACGAGUCUCCUGUGCCGGGUGCCAAAAGGUGGCUCUCCCAGUGCCACCUGGGCCCAGAGUUGUGGGGUGGGGUCACUGACUGGACUUUUUGAAGGUUUUCAGGGUCUGGGGGCUGCCUGGCUGGUGGGACAGAGGUGACAGAAUUAGUGUAGCCUGACAGCUAUCCCUCAAGCCGCUGAGCAGAAGGUUGGGGUUGCAGGAGAGGCUUGUGGGAAACAGAGAGGGCUUCAUGGAGGUGGUGAGCUUGGAAGUGGGCCUGGGAGGGCACGUUGGCGUUCUAUGGCUGAGGCUGGGAAUGGGGGCUUACGCACAGAUGGGGGCUGGGGGGCUGUAGCAGGGCACACAGGACACGACACCCAGCAGGUGGGGUCGCGGUGGCCUGAGAGGGUGGCCUCGCUGCCUGUCACCCGCUGGCCUCUCUCUGGCUCUUCCCUAGCCUGUUUCCAUAAGAGACGCCUCCUCACCUGUCUGCGGGGUGACUCCAGGACUAAGCGCCCCAGUCUACAGCAGGAAGCCCAGGAGAGAGAGAAUCUGGGGGGGCUCCGGAUGGCCUGUGCCCCUGGGACCUGAGCUCACUGGGUCUAGUGGCCUGGAGCAGCCUCGGACAGGCCAGGGGAACCCACCAAGGACACCAUGUUGGAGUCUGGCCAUGGAGCAGCCGUGCUGUUCCCACCAGGGUCACCAGGCUGCCCACCCCGUGGAGACCCAUGUAGUACCAGGGGCCAAGGGGCCUGAGUGUGUCGGAGAUAAUGGGGGGGCUGUAGGGGGGCUGGCCCUGGGCUGUUGGGCCGUGUCAGGAGGCUGCCCAGAGGCCAGUGCCCUCCCUGGGUGGCUGCCAGGUGGGCCCCCGCUGGGAGCCAGAGCCCCGUGCCAGGCACGGCUGUGUGGCCGGAGCUGUCAGGUGCGGCUGCCUGCCGCGUUCCCUGCCGCUGGAGGUGCGUGCCUGGCCCCAGGGCUCUGGGUCUACUGGGUGGGGGGACCUGGCGGGUCCCCAUUGCCUGGGCGCAGUCAUGACUAGCAUCCCUUCACUUUCCAGGGCCUGGGUGUGGCCAGUGCACCCCCUGGGGACACCCUGUGGGGCCCACUCCUCACCCUGCUCAAGCAGACAGGCCCCCAGAUGCCACUGGAGCAAGCCUCAGCCCGGCCUAUGUGUUGGGUUGGGAACCACUGUCAUAGGGUCCAUCCUGAAAUGGGGACCGUGAGCUCGCUGGGCUGGGGGGGCCUCAGGUGGCGGGAGGGAGGCUGUGACCAGGUGGGGUGUGCGCACCUGCCCUGCAGGGUUGGAGUGCAGGAGAGUGUGUACUGGGGGCCCUUGACCUUGGGAGCCAGGGGCCUGCAGAGGCUGCAGGUGGCUCCCGGGCCCAGAGGGCCAGGCCACACACCCCGUUGCUGCCCCUGCCCCGGGCUCAGUGGGCUCAUUACUCCAGUCGGCGGGGCGGGACCCUGCAGGGCUGGAGGCCCCCGUGUCCUAUCCAUGCCCCGACGGUCUGCAUGUCUGCCCGCUGACAGAUGUGUCCUGAGCCAGGCCCCAGGUCUCGGCCGGCAGCUGGACGCCGUGGGGGGUUGGGGUGGGGGUCCCUAAGCAGGGGUCGGCCUGUACCCUGAGGAGAGGAGCUCGGCUGCGCAUCUGUCUGUGGCCUGGGUUUCUGGGCCAGGAUCGGCUGGCACUAGGGGCCGCCCCUGCCCUCUACAGCCUCGCGGUCCCCACACACCUGUGGCGUGGCCCACAGCGCCUUCUCCCCAGGAGCCAGCCCUCCCUGCCCGCUCCCACUGGGCCCUGUGUCCCUGCCAUCACCCUCUCUGGGGUCCUGGGCUGAACCCUGCGGUGGGACGGCCCUGCCCCAGCUCAGCCCCUCCCACCUGCCCCUCGCUGGCCGUCACUGCCCCUUGUCCCUCCCACUUGUCUGCCAGCCACUUGUUCUCCUCCCACUUGGGGUCUCAGAGGCCCUGCUGCUGCAGGGGGCAAGAGUGGGGGUCCUGGCCGGACCUGGGGGAUGACAAACAUGGAGAGACUGGUGGGGGCCUGUGGGGGAGCUCUGGCCACCCCGGCGGGCCUCUGGCAGGGGCAGGAGCCGUGGCAGCUCGGGCAGUGGUGGCCAAGGACACAGCCAGUGGGAGGAGGUGUGGGCCCUUGGUGGGGUUGGGGGGAAGAGAGGUUCUGGCUGGGGCCUGAGGCAGCGCGUGAUGUGGGCGGUGCUGGGUCCCUGGGCCGGCCUCCUGCUUCUCUGGCAGACCCAGCCUCGUUCCUCUUUCUGCUUGAAUAAGUCAUCCUGUCCCUGUUCAUGGGGCAAUAAUUUUAAUAAAGUGCUUUUUUUCCUGUGAGCCCAGAGCGCAAGACUUCAUCUCAGCUCAGGAACAUGCCCGUUGCCAGCAGCUCUAUUGAGGGCACCCAUGAAUCUCUCUUAUUUGUGGCUCCAAAAAUGAGGCCAUGGGCUAUUGCUGUGCCUCGUUCUUUAAUUAAGCAGAUGUGAGAACAGCAGAGGGGCCAGGGCGCCAGGUAAGGGGAGGUGCCAGCGGGAGGGGCCCGGGGCUGGAGGGGACGGUUGGGCCAGCUGCCACUGCAGGAGCCUCCGGCCAGGCUCACCCUCCUGCGCUGGGCAACUCUCACCCCCGGCCUGCCUCGUCUCCCCUCUUUCCUGAAACACUCUGUCAUUCGUGCAAGACGCUGCCCUGCAGGGACGGCCACGUCCACCCCUUCCCAAGGAUGGGAGGGGAGCGGCGCACGCACGCUUUACUGCGGCUCAAACAAUUAAGGCAAUAAAACAGCCUUUCUGUUUACUGAA